UCUUUUGACCAUAAAGUUAUAUGGAGGAGGAAGUAAAUAAACAUGACCGAGGCAACGGCUUCACUCUAUGACUACAAAAGCACACCUCCCAAAGUAGCGUAGGUCCCCUUUCCUCAUUUCACCCGUUCAAAACAAAGGAAACGCAAAAAAGUGACGUGAAAGCUUAGAGAGACACUCCCCAGUCCUCGGCACAAAAGAAGCAUUGCCUGUAUUAACUAAAACCUUGGCUUUUCUCAGCUCUCUGUCUUCCUCAGUCUUCCCCUUCCCCUUCCCCUUCCCCGUCCUCCUCUAAGACGAAGGAAAUGGAGGAGAAUGGGCUGCGUUCUACCCCGCGUUUAACUCCAGCCACUCUGCUGCUGCUAUUGCUACUGCUUGUGUACUGUAACUUUUCUUCGGUGGUGUCUUCUUCUACUACUGCUGCUUUGGAAGGGGACCUCAGUGCUCUGCUGGAGUUCAAGGCCGCGUGCGACUCGGGCGGGAGGCUGGCGAGUUGGAACCGGUCCGACCCCUCGCCGUGCGUGUCCUGGCACGGGGUCACCUGUGCCAGGGGCCGGAUCACUCGGCUUGUCCUUGAAGACCUCGACCUCCCCGGCCCUGCCGGCCUCCCGGCCCUCACCCGUCUCGACCAGCUCCGGGUUCUCAGCCUUAAGUCGAACCGCCUCUCUGGGCCCAUCCCCGACCUCUCGCCGCUCUCCGCCCUCAAGCUUCUUUUCCUCGCCCACAACGAGCUCUCCGGACCCAUUCCCCCGUCCGUCGCCUCGCUCACUCGCCUCUACCGACUCGACCUCGGCUCCAACAACCUCACCGGCUCGGUACCGGCCUCGCUGAACCGGUUGUCCCGCCUGCUCACCCUCCGGCUCGACUCAAACCGGCUGUCCGGUCCCAUCUCCGGCCUCGUGCUACCCCGCCUCCAAGACCUCAACCUGUCGUCGAAUCUGCUCUCCGGAGCCGUGCCGCCGUCGCUCGCUGCCUUCCCCGCCGCCGCAUUCGCCGGGAACCCAGCCCUCUGUGGAGGGCCCCUUUCCACCUGCCGCGACGUGGUCAGCAAUCCCAGCCGCCCCUCGGCGAGCGCAGCGACCCCCGUCCCCUCAGCCGCCACGGUCGUAGCCUCCUCCCCGUCCGCCAAGCCCGAGGUCGCUCCUCCUCACCAUGCCGCCGCCGACGCUGGUCGCGGAGGUAUGAACAGGGUGGCCGUGGCGACCAUCGUCGUAGGCGACUCGGCCGUGCUCGUCCUCGUCUCCGGCCUCCUCUUCUGCUGCUUCUGGCGCAAGUUCGCCGGAAGGAGCCCAUCCCGCCUCCACGAGGGGGAAAAGAUAGUCUAUUCCUCCGGUCCCUACGCCGUCCAGGGCAGCGCAGCGGGCGCCACCACCGGGGGCGGAUUCGAGAGGGGAAAGAUGGUGUUCUUCGAAGGAACGAAGCGGUUCGAACUGGAGGACCUCCUCCGGGCCUCGGCGGAGAUGCUGGGGAAGGGCGGUUAUGGGACGGCCUACAGGGCGGUGCUCGAUGACGGCACCGUGGUCGCCGUCAAUCGCCUCCGCGAGGUCCACCUCGGGGGCAAGCGCGAGUUCGAGAGCCAGAUGGAGACACUCGGGCGCUUGCGGCACCCCAACCUUGUCUCACUCAAAGCAUACUACUACGCCCGCGACGAGAAGCUUCUCGUAUACGACUACAUGCCCAAUGGCAGCCUCUUCUUCCUCCUCCAUGGGAACCGAGGGCCGGGGAGGACGCCACUGGACUGGACGACGAGAAUGCGGAUCGCGUCUGGGGCGGCGAGGGGAUUGGCGUUCAUCCACCAGGCGAGCCGCUCGCCGAAGCUGACGCACGGCAACAUCAAGUCCACCAACAUCCUUCUCGACAAGGAGGGCAAUGCACUGCUCGCCGACGCCGGGCUGGCCCUCCUGGGAACGGGCGCCGCGGCGGCCGGGAGGGCCAACUGUUACCGGUCACCCGAGGCACCUGUCGACGGGCGACGACCAUGGGCGUCGCAGCGGGCGGACGUGUACGCCUUCGGGGUGGUGCUGCUGGAGCUGCUGACAGGGAAGCCGGCUGCGAACGGCGGGGCGUCGGCGGUCGACCUACCGCGGUGGGUGCAGUCGGUGGUGCGCGAAGAGUGGACGGCGGAGGUGUUCGACCUGGAGCUGAUGCGGUACAAGGGGAUCGAGGAGGAUAUGGUGGCAAUGCUCCAGAUCGCCAUGAGCUGCAGCGCGAUCGUCCCUGACCAGCGACCAAAGAUGAGCAACGUGUUGAAGAUGAUCGAGGACAUCCGUGGCGGCGGCGGGGGCGGCGGAGACGUCUCGUCCUCUCAUGACUCGUUCGACUCGGUCUCGGACUCGGCUUCUGGAUCCGACGCGGCCUAAUAGCCGUCGGAUGAUGAGUAAUAAAUAAUAGAUGAUCGUGGGUACAUAUAUAAAAUGAAAACCUGGAUUCCAAA